AUGAAUAUCUUCCGUCUUUCGGCUGAUUUGGCACAUUUGGUGGCUAUUGUUGUGUUGAUGCUCAAAAUAUGGAAAUCGAGAAGCUGUGAAGGUUAGCUUUUGAAUAAAAAUUUUAGAAUGAAAAAAAUCGUUUUUCAGGAAUUUCUGGAAAAUCGCAAAUCCUUUUUGCGACUGUUUUCAUUGCUAGAUAUUUGGAUCUCUUCACCAAUUUCUACUCACUUUACAACACUGCAAUGAAGGUUAGUAAAUUAUUGAUUUUCUUGACAAGAGAAAAUGCGCCAAAUUGCAGGUGUUUUUCCUCGCUUCAUCAAUCGGAACCGUCUACCUUAUGUGGCACAAAUUCAAGGCAACUUAUGACAAAAACAAUGACUCGCUUCGUAUCGAAUUCCUUGUCAUCCCAUGUUUGGUUCUUGCUUUGAUCAUUAAUCACGAAUUCUUGUUCAUGGAGGUUUGUUGAUUUUUAAAAUAUUCAAAAAAAAAAUCAAAAGGCAGCCGAAAACAGAAUUAUAGUUCAGAGGGACGUGAUUGUUUGUGAUAUGGAGAAUUAAAAAAAACUUCUCAAUUAAAUUCUGAAGAAAAUCAGAAACUCCUUUCAUACAAGUUUUUGAAAAUCUAUAUAUUUUCAGAAUUUAGCAUACGAAGAAAAACAUUUCAUUCAGUUGCCCUAGUAACUAAAUGUAUAUAUAUACAGUGCUGGCCAAAAUUCUAUUUAAAAUGAGUUUUUAGUGGAAAACACCUAAAAAAUUUUGAAUUUUUACCCAAAAAGUUGAAUAGGUUAUUUUUCACGACGAUUAUGAUGGUAACUACCAAUUUGAUAGAUAUCAUUUGAUUUAUUGAUGUCUUCCAGGCUGAAAAUCGGAAUGAGCGAAAAUCAUAGAUUUUGACUUUUGGGAAAACCUUGAACAUUUUUUCUCGGUUUCAGUUUCAAAACUUUGUUUGGGUUAUUUUUCAAGUAGAAGAGUGUUCAGGCUUUUGAUUCCGACCUUAACUUUGAUAUAAUCUCGAUUCCGAAGUCCACACCAUUGGCUUCAGUGAGAUCAUUACAGAAUGUUUAUAACAGUAUUUUGCUGCUUUUUCCGUGACGUAUUGAAGUCAGAAAUUGUUCAAAAUUUGUUUAUCGGUCAUUUCAAACAUCAUGAAAUAAAAUCCGAACAAAAACUAGAACUUUCGGGCUGAUUUGGACAUUGAUGGAUUUAGAUGUUCAUCUAGAACAUCAGAUCUCAACAUCGUAGACCAUCAAAAGUGGCAAUUCGAUUAAGAAACCAUCAGCCCAGAUAGUCUUAAACAUGAUCACAAAUGUUAAAAACACUCAGAAGACAGAAAUUUAGAUCUGCAACUAUUAUUAUUCAGAUGUUUCAAUUUUACACUGUUUUCCCUUAUAAAAAUGACUUGUACCUUAAAAUUCAAGAGAACGAUGUUGUAGUUCAUCAAAUGUGAAUUUAAAGAUAUUAAUAUGAAUUCACAACACGAGUUGACCAUCUGGAGAUAAAAUUUUAACUGUGGUUUUGCAGUAUUGGUGGUCUACGAUGUUGAGAUCUGAUGUUCUAGAUGAACAUCUAAAUCCAUCAAUGUCCAAAUCAGCCCGAAAGUUCUAGUUUUUGUUCGGAUUUUAUUUCAUGAUGUUUGAAAUGACCGAUAAACAAAUUUUGAACAAUUUCUGACUUCAAUACGUCACGGAAAAAGCAGCAAAAUACUGUUAUAAACAUUCUGUAAUGAUCUCACUGAAGCCAAUGGUGUGGACUUCGGAAUCGAGAUUAUAUCAAAGUUAAGGUCGGAAUCAAAAGCCUGAACACUCUUCUACUUGAAAAAUAACCCAAACAAAGUUUUAAAACUGAAACCGAGAAAAAAUGUUCAAGGUUUUCCCAAAAGUCAAAAUCUAUGAUUUUCGCUCAUUCCGAUUUUCAGCCUGGUAGACAUCAAUAAAUCAAAUGAUAUCUAUCAAAUUGGUAGUUACCAUCAUAAUCGUCGUGAAAAAUAACCUAUUCAAGUUUUUGGGUAAAAAUUCACAAUUUUUUAGGUGUUUUCCACGAAAAACUCAUUUUAAAUAGAAUUUUGGCCAGCACUGUAUAUAUCUGAAAUUCAAAGUUCCCAUUUUUCUAAUCGGGAAAAUUAUUCCCAAUCAGAAUAAUAAAAAUCUCGGCGCUAUAGUUAUGCAAAUUCACAUUGGCUAUUAAAAAACAGAGAAUUAGAAACGAAGAAUUCUAGUUUGUUAACAUUAUUUUCAAAAAAAAAACAAACAAUGUUCAGAAAAUCGAAAUCUUUACAGAAUUUACCUCAAAAAAUCAAUCAAUAAUUUCAGGUUUUGUGGACUUUCUCGAUCUACCUUGAAGCCGUCGCCAUUAUGCCCCAACUUUUCAUGCUCUCAAGAACUGGAAACGCCGAAACUAUCACUGCUCAUUAUUUGUUCGCUUUGGGAUCAUACCGUGCUCUCUACAUUGUCAACUGGAUCUACAGAUAUUACACUGAAAACUUCUUUGACCCAAUCGCCGUUGUUGCCGGAAUUGUUCAAACUGUCUUAUACGCUGACUUCUUCUAUCUCUACAUUACUCGUGGUAUGUUUUUCAAUUCUGAAACUAUAAUCGCCAAUAAAAUAUUGAAUAAUUUUACAGUUCUUCAAUCGAAUCGUCCAUUCGAGAUGUCUGCAUAA